GAAACGAAGGAGACUCUAUACCUCUACCUAGGGGUAACUCAGAUGGCCGUUAGCUCGGUCUUGAUGAGGGAUGAUGGGGUCCAGAGGCCCAUUUAUUAUGUAAGCAAGGCCUUAAAUGGGGCAGAAAGUAGGUAUACUCCCACGGAGAAGGCAGGGUAUGCACUAUUCAUAACGGCGAAGAAACUCACCUCCUACUUUCAGGCCCAUCCUAUUAUCGUGUUAACUGACCUACCAUUGGGUACGGUCAUGAGGGACUCCACCUCAUCAGGAAGAAUGAUCAAAUGGGCCAUGAUGUUGACUCAAUUCAACAUCGAAUAUCGCUCGAGGACAGCGAUAAAAGGACAGGCCGUGGCUGAUUUUCUUGUGGAGAUGGCGGGUCACCAGGAAGAAGAACCGACUAGGGCUAUCACAGAGCCUUGGUGGUCCAUGUCGGUAGAUGGAGCCUCUGGAUCGAAAGGUUACGGGGGAGGUGUAGUAUUCACAACUCCGGAAGGGUUCAAGGUAUAUCAUGCCUUGAUCUUCAAUUUCAAGCUCACAAACAACGAGGCUGAGUAUGAGGCAUUGAUAGGGGGUCUGAGAUUGGCCAAAACCCUACAAAUCACAUGCCUCAGGAUCAAAUCCGACUCAAGCUUGGUGGUAGGUCACAUCAAUGGCAACAUGGAGGCCAAAGGAGAGAAGAUGCAGAAGUACAGAGACUUGGCAAGGGCAUUAUUGAAGGAUCUGACUGAGUAUGUGAUGGAGCAAAUCCCUAGGAGGGAAAACACCGAUGCUGACUUGCUAUCAAAAUUGACGCAAGGAGCCCCGGAGCAUGUGUCCAAGCUGGCCAGGAUUGAGACGCUGGAGAAAGCCAGCAUUGAAGGGUUUUCUGUUAGCAUGAUAGAGGAAGAUGGACAGCCCAAUCCAGAUCGAGUGGAGCCAGAUGAUAUUUGGAUGGAUGACUUGGUCAGGUACUAUAUGACCGGGCAAUUCCUUGAGGAUGAGGAUAGGGUAAGAAAAGUAAAGUUGAGGGCUCCAAGAUUCCAAAUGCUUGAUGGAAGGCUAUACAAAAGGGCAUUUGGCGGUCCGCUGCUGAGAUGCUUGACCAGGGCGGAGGCGGAAAGAGUGAUCGCCGAAGUUCAUGAGGGUGUCUGUGCAGCCCACCAAAUGUCCAGGACACUCGCACAAAGGAUCAUCUUGCUAGGUUAUUUCUGGCCUACAAUGAACCAAGAUUGUGAGAAGUAUGUGCAAAGGGAGGCCAGCAAACCGGGUGAUGGUGGAAAGCUUGCAAAGAAAUGGGAAGGUCCAUAUAGGGUCACAGCAAUAUUACGCCCUGGGACAUACAAGUUAGAAACAAUGGAAGGUCGGGAGUUGGAAAGGUGCUGGAAUUCCCACCACCUUAGAAAAUUCUACCGAUAGACCAAAUUGGCAAGGCAUACAUUUGUAAUAUCCCUUCGAUGAUAAAUAAGAGAUUUCUUCAAUACUUGUGUUGCUGGGUCAGUAAUACUAAACUAAUGUCUUGAUG